CGAAAGGGGGCGGCGGCGCUGCUCGCCUCUGUUUGCUCAUAUACAGAAAUUAGCAAAGAAGAAAAGUCAAGCGCUGCAAGAUGGCGUCUUUGAAUGACAGAUCAGUUUGGGAUGAAGUGGAGGAUGGGAUCGGUGAGGAGGUCCUAAAGAUGUCUACUGAGGAAAUAGUUCAGCGAACCAGACUGCUGGACAGUGAAAUAAAAAUCAUGAAGAGUGAGGUGCUGCGGGUCACUCAUGAGCUACAGGCGAUGAAAGACAAAAUCAAAGAAAACACAGAGAAGAUUAAAGUGAAUAAAACUCUGCCGUAUCUCGUCUCUAAUGUCAUAGAGCUACUGGAUGUGGACCCCAAUGAUCAGGAGGAGGACGGCGCAAACAUCGAUUUGGACUCACAGAGAAAGGGGAAGUGUGCAGUCAUCAAAACAUCCACACGACAGACAUAUUUCCUGCCUGUCAUUGGCUUGGUUGAUGCUGAGAAACUGAAACCUGGGGAUCUUGUGGGUGUUAAUAAGGACUCGUAUCUGAUUCUGGAGACUCUGCCCACUGAGUAUGACUCUAGAGUGAAGGCCAUGGAGGUGGAUGAGAGGCCCACUGAGCAGUACAGUGACAUUGGAGGCCUCGACAAGCAGAUCCAAGAGUUGGUGGAAGCAAUCGUCUUACCCAUGAACCAUAAGGAAAAGUUUGAGAAUUUGGGGAUCCAGCCACCAAAAGGUGUUCUGAUGUACGGACCACCGGGAACUGGCAAAACCCUGCUGGCCAGAGCUUGUGCUGCACAAACCAAAGCAACAUUCCUAAAGCUAGCAGGCCCUCAGCUGGUGCAGAUGUUCAUAGGAGAUGGCGCGAAGCUGGUGCGUGAUGCAUUUGCUCUGGCUAAAGAAAAAGCCCCUUCGAUCAUCUUCAUCGAUGAGCUGGACGCCAUCGGUACCAAGCGCUUUGACAGUGAGAAGGCCGGAGACAGAGAGGUGCAGAGGACAAUGCUGGAGCUGCUAAACCAACUUGAUGGUUUCCAGCCUAACAUGCAAGUCAAGGUGAUUGCUGCUACUAACAGAGUGGACAUUCUGGACCCUGCGCUGCUGCGCUCAGGCCGGCUGGACCGUAAGAUUGAGUUCCCCAUGCCUAACGAAGAGGCUCGUGCUCGUAUAAUGCAGAUCCACUCGCGCAAGAUGAACGUCAGUCCUGAUGUGAACUAUGAGGAGUUGGCUCGCUGCACUGAUGACUUUAACGGUGCUCAGUGUAAAGCUGUCUGUGUGGAGGCGGGUAUGAUCGCUCUGCGCCGCGGGGCCACCGAGCUGAACCAUGAAGACUACAUGGAGGGUAUUCUGGAGGUGCAAGCCAAGAAAAAGGCCAACCUGCAGUACUAUGCUUAAGCCUGGAAACUGACUGUGUGUGAAGCAUGUGUGAAAUAGUGUGUGUGAGUGUCAGAGGCAGUUGAGUUUCGAGGUAAAGCAUGGAUUUACCAAUGUGAAAUGAAAACUGAUCAGCUCAGUUCAUCUUGAACUCAUCUGACUAUUACAACCUCUGUAUGGAGCAUUUUCCAGUCUACUGUUCUAUUUGUCAAUAUCCAUUUAAAAAAAUAAACUUUUUUUCAUUAAUGUA